AUGAAAAUCACGAAGAUGUCAGCGUCUUCUUUUUCUUCUCCGUCGAACAUUUUGUGCGAUUGUCUGAAGAAGGCCCAAUUGAGGACUUCGAAGACGAGUCAAAAUCCUGGGAAAAGAUUCUAUGGUUGUAAGAAGUGGAAGGAAGGAGGGUGCACUUUUUUCAUGUGGGCCGAACCAACUUCUCAAAUCAACUCAGAAACUUCAUCAGGUAUGAAUAAUCAAGAUUUGGGUUGUAAGGCUCAAGAAUCUGAAAUUAAGAUUGUUUUGCUGGAGGCUGAAUUGAAAGUUCUGAAGAUGAAGAUUUCAAUGCUUGAAGAUUCCAAUGGGAAAUUUGAUUCUCAAGUGAAGUUGAUGAUGGACAGGAUGAAGAGAAUUCACUUGUUUAUUGUUGGUAUUUGUAUUGGUUUGAUCUUAUGUGUUUUAAUGAAAUAA